AUGCGCCCGGGCCGGCACUGGGCAGCUCGCGGCGCGAAUCAAGCGGGGGCAACGGGUUCUCGCCCGGCCCCCCCCUCUGCUGACCCUUUCACGCCCCCUGUCCGCCGCAGUUCACCGCUAACUUUGUUUCACGCACGGUUCCAACUCGGGGACCCUGCCCCUGGGGGGCAGCGUUGGGGGCGGGCAGGCGAAGGGAUGGGUGAGGGGCGGAAGUAGCAAAACCGAGAGCAACAGGAAAUGACUUGGGGAAAGUCCCAACCGCAGCCCCCCAGCCCCUGGUCUGUAAACACCCCCACCCUGCAGGCUGGGGGAAGGGCUUGUGGGGCCCCACCGAACGACUUCCCCUUGCAGAACCCAGCGGGUGCCGAGUCUGAGCCCCGGGCCUCCAUCACUGCCGAAGAGCCAUGUUCCAGGCUGCAGGAGCCGCCCAGACCACCCCCUCUCACGAAGCCAAAGGCGGUGGUGGCAGCAGCACUGUGCAGCGUUCCAAGUCCUUUAGCCUGCGGGCACAAGUGAAGGAGACCUGCACCGCCUGCCAGAAGACUGUGUAUCCCAUGGAGCGGCUGGUGGCCGACAAGCUCAUUUUCCACAACUCUUGCUUCUGCUGCAAGCACUGCCACACCAAGCUGAGCUUGGGUAGCUACGCGGCUCUGCACGGCGAGUUUUACUGCAAACCGCACUUCCAGCAGCUGUUUAAGAGCAAAGGCAACUACGAUGAGGGUUUCGGCCGCAAGCAGCACAAGGAGCUCUGGACCCACAAGGAGGUGGACCCUGGCACCAAGACAGCCUGAGGCCCCUGUGACCUUCUCCCUCCACAGAGGGCCUGGGAACUGGGCCAUGGGAGGGGUGUGAAAGAGGUUGAUUCUAGGCUUGGGUGGGUAGGGGGUGAAGAUCCUCAGGCAGAAGGUGCCAGGUGCAGGGGCUGCUCCAGUAUUCCUUCCUUCUUCCUCAGCGAGUAGGGGUUUGGGAGGCAGGAUUGGAGUUUGCUCAUCACCCUGCUUCCUGCUUCUUUCAGCCUACCCCACCCCACCUCACAGCCCCGAGAAGCCCCCAAGCCCAGUUUCCCUAACUAGGUGCCUUUUCUCCAGCAAGGAGUCAGCAUGCCCCCCUCAGGGUCCCACCCAAGCACCCUCACUGCCACCUGGGCUGUGUGCAGCCGCCAAGUCUCCCCAUCUACCUCUGCCCUUAACCCCGUCCUACAGGGACUGAAAGGAGAGAGUGCGCCACCUGCUGGACCUCAUGGAUGCCCCCUCUGCUGUCGGGGGAGGGGAUGGGGAAGUGGUAAGGAGAAGCCAGACCUGCCUGCCUUUUGGGGGCUUGGGACCCUCUCGCACCAGGAAGUUAAAAGCUUCUGCCAGGCUGAGAGCCUGAGACCUGCUGGGUGGGCAGCUUCCACGCGCCUCUCCUCUCCCUUAUUGCUGCCCCUAUGACUGUUGUGAUCAACCCUGUUUUAAACACAUUUAAAUAGAUCCUGACUCUGUAUUAUGUGGCCUGAUGGGGGGCUUCGUGGCAGGAAGAAUGCAGACCCCCCCUAUGAAGGGGGAAGGGAACAGCCCGAAGCACUCUUGGCCUUGAUGGGGGGAAAUAGGAGCCAGCUUAAGGGGGUGCUCUUCCACCCAAACGGGACACCACCCCUGCAACUAUUGCAUACUCACUGCCCCCUCAGCUUUGAGUUAAGACACCUCAGGUCCACUGACUCCCAUGUACUUUGUUCUGAAGAGGAGAGCAGGGCAGAAGGCAGAAAACUUGAGUCCUUGUCUGACAUCCUUUCUAGCUAGUUUCAGCUGUCCAGCUCCCUCAGAAACAGCCAGCCCCGUGCCCUGGAAUUUGCAAGGAAUCAUGGGGACCUGUAGGUGCUACUGAAGGUUUUAGCGACUACUGCUUUUUGUUCCUCGUGUCUGUUCCCCCUUAUUGCUGCACCUUUCUGGUGCCUUUUCAAAUUCUGGGGUUAACCUGUGAGACUGUCCAAGAAGCUGCUUGCUCCUGAGAACCCAGGCACACGGAAGGAUGGCAGUUUACAGCGAACAAGGCAAGCUUGGAGGACCUAAAGUCCCCACUCCACCCCUCAUGACAGAAGUCUGGAUUGUUCUGCAGACCCUGUUGUCCCCAUUUUCCCAAAGGGCUCAUGGAAUACGUGAGCUGACUCCUGGAGGAUUUGCUGCCACUACCUUAUACAACUCCAAGUUCCUUGGUUGACUCCUACCCAGAAAACUGAGCCUCAGGCCCUGGUGGCAGGUGAACCACUGUGCCGUUAAGAUAGGCACUGCUUCUUAAAGAAGCAGAGAGCACCUGAGGCCUAGGUCCUUGGAGCAGGAGCUGCUUGGCCUCAGAGCAGACCCAUCUUCCUGUAUCAAGAGGUCUGUGAUGAGAACAAGGUCUCUCCUUGGAAUUCAACAGCAGUAGAUGGGCCAGGGGAACAUGCUGGAGGUGGCUUCUGACUACUGUGCUGCAAGGAUAGGACCAAAGAUGGGCUGGAAGACCCUAUUUAGGCACUACAAACCCCAGGAACCCAGCCACUGGUGAUGUCCAGGUCAGAAGCACGAACAGUACCACCUCAGUACAUGAGCCCAGAUGUACCUCCCUGUGGUGCUUCUGGAGGGGAAAGGGAAGAGGGCUGACCACUGCAGGCUGAUAGUGGUACCCAGCCAAGUAAUUCUGCGGUCAUUUCAAGUUCUCAUCUACUUGAGGGGCUUCAGCUUGUUGCUAGGCACCACACUCAGCCUCUCCCAAAUAUCAACCCCCCCAACCAAAAGCAUAGCCACAGGUUCCCUCUAGUAUAAAUGAUCCCUUUUAUUGAAAGUAAUGCGCGACACUGGCCUGGCUUUGCACUGCAAGCCCUCAGUCAAGAUAUAGUCAAAUAACUAUGGCUGCAGGUUCUUCUGCACAAUCCACAAUUCAGAUACAGACAGAGCUGGAGGGGCAGGAGGACGGCAGCGUGUGCACUGGCCCAGCCCUGGCACUUCUGGGGUGGGGCACACACCCCAUGGAAUGGAAUGAUGAGAAGAUGGCGUAACCCCUUCCCACAUCAAGCCUGGGGCUGUUAGCAAACUGCCUUUAAGAACCUUGGGGUCAGGCCAUCCUAGAGCCCCACUUUUCAUGUGGAUUAGUUAGUAAAAAAACAAUAAAUUAAAAUUAAGCAACAGCUUGGUCCGGAGGAUGCUGAGCCAGCAUGUCCACAGUUUUUGGCACAAAAUCAGGGUCAUUUUAGGUUUUUUGGAGUUCAGGAGUUAUUGGCUUGCUUUUAAUUUUAUUUUUAAGACAUUCCCUGUGAGGUAAGACCCUGGGGGAGGGGCUCUGUGAGCACCUGAACCCGCGACAAAGUCAUCUCAUCUUGGCAGCGACAUCGCGCUGUUCCCACAUGGGGGAUGCAGAUGGGGGGCACUAGGAACAGGGUGUGCGCCAGGGAGGGCUAGAGAUUAGGAUGGGGUCAUAGAGAGGCUGAGCUGCUGCUUGGCAGCUUUGGUCGAGAUGAUGGGCCAGUCCCCACCUUGGGCAAGGGCCAAGGUAGAGGCAGGAGCUUGUGUUCACUGGCCUUAGAGGGCAGUUGCCAGUGGAAGGUGGCCUGACAGAAGCCCCUGCAGAAAGGGGGAAUAAAGAGACCCAGGCCCGAUUGGCACCAUGCAGCGCACAUUUCUGCAAAACCAGCUGCUUUCAUUUUCUCUUCUCGAGGCAUCCAUCACCUGUAACAGUCUACAAUUGAUAUAUAUAUAUAAAAACCAUCAAAUAUGAUCUGAG